AUGUCGGCCCCGGCACCAGCUUCGAAGACGCCGGCGGUGGCCCGUAGUCAAUCUACAUCCUCUCGCCCAUCGCAUCGCCCUCCCACUUCAGAGCUACCCCAUCGAACUCGAAGCGUGGCGGUCCGAUCGUCCAACGGCUCCCAGCCCCCUUCACAGUCACAGCAUUCGCAUUCAAAAUCCUCAUCUCACGAUCGCCGCCCGCCCUCAAACCACGCUGCACUGGAGACUAUUGCCCGUCGAGACUUGGAAGCGUCCAAUGCUCAAAAAAUGCCUUCGUCUCGUCGGGAGCCGUCCUCCGAACGCUCGCAAGAGCGCCCAACCACCUCAGGCCGGACCGAUUCCACCCGAAGACAUCAGCGCAAUUCAUCCACGCAGGGCCACCAACGAGAAAGUGUAGAUAUGGCUAGGAACGCUACUGCGGAUCGCGCAGCCGAUUCUUCACAACCUGCGACCGCUCCGACCGCCCCCGCACAGCCAAGGCGCCGAACGACGAUCACUACACCUACAGGCCAAUGGGCACUGGGCAAAACUAUCGGUGCUGGUAGUAUGGGUAAAGUCAAACUGGCAAAGAAUAUGGAAACUGGGGAACAGGUCGCUGUUAAAAUCGUUCCCAGGCUCUCGACGGAGGAGCAUCGAAAUGGUCGAGAAACUGAGCGGGCAGACCGCUCGAAAGAAAUAAGAACCGCUCGUGAAGCAGCCAUUGUCAGUCUUACUAGCCACCCGUAUAUUUGCGGCAUGCGAGAUGUGGUACGCACGACAUAUCACUGGUACAUGCUCUUUGAGUAUGUCAACGGUGGUCAAAUGCUCGAUUAUAUUAUCUCUCAUGGCAAGUUAAAAGAGAAGCAAGCUCGCAAGUUUGCUCGCCAGAUUGCGAGCGCGCUUGAUUAUUGCCACCGCAACAGCAUCGUCCACCGGGACUUGAAAAUCGAGAACAUCUUGAUCAGCAAAACCGGUGAUAUUAAAAUCAUUGAUUUUGGUCUCAGCAACCUUUUCUCCCCCAGAAGUCUUCUGAAGACUUUCUGUGGUAGUCUUUAUUUUGCAGCGCCGGAGCUGCUUCAGGCGAGACAAUAUACUGGACCGGAGGUGGAUGUUUGGAGUUUUGGCAUUGUUCUCUACGUCUUGGUCUGCGGCAAAGUACCCUUCGAUGACCAGAGCAUGCCUCAACUCCAUGCAAAAAUUAAGAAGGGUGUGGUUGAAUACCCACCAGGCCUCACAACGGAAUGCCGUCACAUUAUCUCCCGCAUGCUUGUCACUGAUCCCAAACAGCGUGCUAGCCUAGCUGAGAUUAUGAGCCACCCUUGGAUGAACAAAGGCUUCAGCGCUCCCCCUGAGAACUUCCUCCCCCAUCGAGAUCCCUUGCAACUUCCAUUGGAUCAAGAAGUAAUCGAGAAGAUGACUGGCUUCGAUUUCGGCCCGCCAGAUUACAUCACAGCUCAGUUGACGAAAGUGUUAGAAUCCGAUGAAUACCAACAUGCUGUGCGACUCAACUUCCGCGAGCAGCCGUCAAACAACCAGGCUGAACGAAAACGCGGUGUCUUCGACUUUUAUAAACGUCGCAACUCGGCCGCUAGUCGCGACACGCUUUCCGCACCUUCGGCAGAAGCAAUUCAGCUUGGCAAUGACCCUCUGAAUGCUUACAGUCCGCUGGUUUCAGUUUAUCACCUCGUAAAGGAGAAGGUAGACCGUGAACGAGCUGAGAGUCGCCCUGGAGCUUUAGGAAUUCGGCCCAUAGCCGAUGUGACAUCAGCGCCCCAGGAUCUGGCACCACCGGAGGCUGCUCAUACCAAUCAGUAUCAACUUCCUGGUGAAAGAGAUACUGGCCGACGAUCCCGCCCCCGAGCCAGAACCCAUGGCGAAGAGGAUGUCACAGAGGGCAUCAAGAACCUUCACACUUCCUCACCAUCCGGGCAUCCAGCACUGCCCGAUACCCCCGCGAAGAAGGAAAGCACUGCUGCUGGAAUUUUGCGACGCUUCAGUACCCGCAAGCCCAAGGACCGGAGUCGCGACGUUGAACGAGAGCGUAUCAGCACGCCCAACACUCCAACACUCAAUGUACAGCCCCCGGCUGAUUCUGCGUCUCCAAUGAAUCGUGGAUUCAGCGUACGACGCACUCGACAGAAUGAGCCGUCCCCAGCUUCCAUCCCGUCUGGUGGAAGUCAACCUCAGCAAGAUUUCCUUGCAGCCCCGGGCUCAAGCGAACCAACUGGGCAAACUAGCAAAUUCCUGGGUCGCUCUACUAGUGUCAACUCUGCCAACUACCGGCCUCGACGGGCUGCUCGGAGGACCGAGGUUGAUGGUCUAGACAUUGAACGCCAACCUCCAUCGACCAGCGGCUCUGACCAAGUGGAUCCCAACAUCCCUAAGGACCCCAGAGACCAAGCAGCUGCCAGACCCGGUGGUCACACUCAUACUGCCCGAACUAUGUCGUUGGGCCACGCUCGCCGCGAGAGCAUCCAGGCCCGCCGAGCCCGCCGAGAAGCAGCUCGUGAGGCCAAUGUGCCAGAGGAAACCGAUGAAGACAUCACUGGUGCAGGCACCGCACUAGAAAGUGCGAAUGAAGGCGAAGAUCUCUCGAAGCCAGUAUAUCUAAAAGGCCUCUUCAGCGUGUCUACAACCAGUAGCAAACCACUGCCAGUUAUUCGGGCCGACAUUAUCCGUGUCUUGAGGCAGCUGGCCGUGGAAUAUGUUGAAAUCAAGGGUGGCUUCAGUUGUCGACACGCUCCUAGCAUUGACCUCGAUAAAGUUAUUGACGUCAAUCCUCCUAGCCCAGAUCGCCAAGGGCAGGUUUCCCAUCGUCGUCGCAUCAGCUUCGGUGGACUACUUGGCCAUGACGAUAGCCGCGAUGACAGCCGCGAUCACAACCGUGAUCACAGUCGCUCGGCAUCUAACAAGCUGCACCGUCGCAACCAACCAGAUCGCAGUUUCGUUUCCAACUCAGACGCAUCAGAAGAGUUCGUUGCACGCGACAAUCAGCAAAGCGGCGCAGUCGGGGAACGGGUUGUUGGCGAGACCACUACUCGCGUCCAGAGCGACACCGGCGAGAACUUGGUCCUUCGAUUUGAAAUUCUCAUUGUGAAGGUUCCUCUGUUCUCCCUUCAUGGCAUUCAGUUCAAGAAGGUCUCCGGUGGAAUGUGGCAGUACCGCGAGAUGGCAAAGAAGAUUCUAGACGCUUUACGACUGUGA